AUGGUUUACACAAGCUCAUUCAGCGGAUAUAGUUGUCAAGGGGAUAAAUCGAAUCUCUUUUUCCCAUGUGAUGCAACACGCCUUCUUCCCACAUUUCAAAAAAGGGUUUGGCCUAAAGUUUUUGCAGAAGCUAACUUAGUUCGCGUGCUCCAGCUAGGAGCAGAUUGA